AUGUCGCAAACAAAAGGUAUUCAAAUUGCAAUUGAUAGAGGUGGGACAUUUUGUGAUGUCAUUGCUAAAAUCCCAAAUCAACCAGAUUAUGUAUUUAAAUUAUUAUCAGAAGAUCCUCAAAACUAUAGAGAUGCUCCAACUGAAGGUAUAAGAAGAGUAUUGGAAAAGGUCACAGGCAAAGAUAUUCCAAUGGGACAGAAAUUAAAUCUUGAUCUUAUUCAAAGUAUUAGAAUGGGUACUACGGUGGCAACCAAUGCAUUGUUGCAAAGAAAAGGAGCUAAUGUCUUAUUGGUAACUACUAAAGGAUUCAAAGAUGUUUUAGUUAUUGGAAACCAAACAAGACCUCAUAUUUUUGAUUUGACAGCUAAGAAAUUAGGACACUUGUAUGAUCAGGUAUUGGAAAUUGAUGAAAGAGUUACAAUUGCUGGAUUUUCAGAAGGGGGAGGAGAUAAAUUAAAACUCGACGUUAACUCGGAUCCUGAAUUGACUGAGGGUAUAACUGGAGAUGUUAUUAGAGUAAUUAAAAAACCUGACUAUGAACAAGUUGAAAAGGACUUACAAGCAAUCUAUGACCAAGAUAAGAUUAAAACCAUUGCCUUAUCGUUACUUCAUUCGUACGCCUAUCCUGAACAUGAAGCCAAAGUUGCAGAAAUUGCCAAGAAAGUCGGAUUUGAUAUUUCGGUUUCUCAUGAAUUACAACCAAUGCUUGGAUUUGUCAAUAGAACUUCAUCGACUGUUGCAGAUGCCUAUCUUUCUCCUAUCAUUAAUGACUAUGUCCAGUCUUUUGGCGAAGGCUUCGAAGGCGGUUUAGAAUCAUUUGGAAAUAAGUUGUUAUUCAUGCAAUCAAAUGGUGGAUUAUGUCCUUGGUAUAAAUUUACUGGUUUAAAGGCCAUCUUGUCAGGACCGGCUGGUGGUAUGGUUGGAUUUGGUGAAACUUGUUAUGACGCUAAAACCAAGAAAGCUACUUUAGGAUUUGAUGCUGGUGGUACUUCAACUGAUGUAUCGAGAUACUCAGGAACCCUUGAACAUAUUUACGAAACUGUAGUUAGUGAGGUUAGUUUGCAAACUCCACAAUUGGAUAUCUCAACAGUUGCGGCUGGCGGUGGGUCUAUGUUAUUCUGGAAGAAUGGAAUGUUUGUCACCGGUCCAGAAUCAGCAGGUUCUGACCCUGGUCCAGUUUGUUACAGAAAAGGUGGUCCCUUGACUGUCACAGAUGCAAAUUUAUAUGUCGGAAGAUUGUUGCCAGAGUUCUUCCCCCAUAUAUUCGGUCCAAAUCAAGAUCAAGCUUUGGAUUAUGAAUUGACUGCUCAAAAGUUCAAGGAGUUGACUGAAGAAAUUAAUAAAGACAAGGCGGCACAAGGCAUUAAAUUGACUCCUGAAGAGGUUGCCAGUGGAUUUUUGAAAGUUGCAGUAGAAUCAAUGGCAAGACCAAUUAGAAACUUAACUGAAGCCAAAGGGUUCAAUACCGCAGAUCAUAAUUUAGCCAGUUUCGGUGGUUCCGGUGGGCAAUUUGCAGUCUCGUUAGCUAAAAAUUUGGGGAUUACCCAUGUAGCCAUUCAUAAGUAUUCGUCAUUGUUGUCCGCAUAUGGGAUUCAAUUGGCAGAUAUUGUGAUUGAAAAGCAAUCUCCUGCAUCGUUUACUUAUUCAAAAGAGAAUUUUGAUGUUAUUGAUACUAAAAUUAAAUAUUUGGUUGAGGCGGCAGAUAAGGAAUAUCAUGAUCAAAACUUGACUGAUUUCAAUACUAGAUUGGAAGUAUAUUUGAAUAUGAGAUAUGUUGGUUCUGAUACUCAUUUAUUGAUCCCGGUUGAAAAAGGUGAAUAUAACGCUGAUGAAAAGUUUAUUGCUAGACAUAAAUUCGAAUUUGGAUUUAAUUUGGAUAGAAAGGUUUUAGUUGAUGAUGUCCAAGUAUUACUCAUUGUUGAAUCUUUUGAUAAGGAAGAGCACAACCCAUAUGAAGAGUUCAGUCAAUUAGCUACCACUCAAACUGCAGAAGCUUCCAAAGUUCAAAGAAAGAUCUAUUUCGAUUCCGAAGGUUGGUUGGAAUCCGACAUUUAUCAAUUACCAGAAUUGAAAACCGGUACAAUUAUCCCAGGACCUGCUAUGAUCUUAGAUGCCACCCAAACAAUUCUUGUAGAGCCACGUUCCAAGGCUGCGAUCUUAUCAAACCAUAUCUUGCUCAUUGUUGAACAAGAAGAGAAACCACAAUUAUCCAGUACACAAGUUGAUCCAAUCCAACUAUCCGUGUUUGGACACAGGUUUAUGUCAAUUGCUGAACAAAUGGGUAGAACUCUCCAACAAACCGCUAUAUCCACCAAUAUCAAAGAAAGAUUGGAUUUCUCAUGUGCUUUAUUUGAUGGAAAUGGUGAUUUAGUGGCCAACGCCCCUCAUGUCCCUAUUCAUCUUGGUGCUAUGUCGUUUGCAGUCAAGGCACAGAUCGAUAUUUGGAAAGGGAAGUUACAACCUGGAGAUGUGUUGGUUUCUAAUCAUCCAAAAGCUGGUGGAUCUCAUUUACCGGACAUAACAGUCAUCACACCAGUUUUGGAUAAGAAUAACAAUCCGAUCUUUUGGACUGCCUCAAGAGGACAUCAUGCUGAUAUUGGAUCUAUUUCAGCUGGAUCCAUGCCACCAAAUUCAAAAACUAUUUUUGAGGAAGGUGCUUCUAUUGUAUCUCAUAAACUUUGCAAUAAGGGUGUUUUCGAUGAAGCUGGGAUUACAAGAAUUUUGUAUGAUGAGCCAGCGAAAUAUCCCGGAGGAUCGGGUACAAGAACCUUGAGUGAUAAUAUUUCUGAUUUGAAAGCACAAGUAUCUGCGAACUACAAGGGUAUUAAUUUAUUAGCAAAGCUAGUUGAUGAAUUUUCAUUUGAUGUUAUUAAUCUAUAUAUGGGCGGUAUUCAAGCCACUGCUGAAAUCGCAGUUAGAAACUUGCUUAGAUUAGCACAUGAGAAAUUCGGAGGUAAACAUUUGAAAGGAAUUGAUUAUUUGGAUGAUGGAACUGCGAUUGCGUUGGAAGUUACGAUUAAUCCUGAGAGUGGUGAUGCAUUAUUUGACUUCUCCGAAUCUGGUGACGAAAUCUAUGGAAAUCUUAAUGCUCCUAGAGCUAUUUUAUAUUCGGCGGUGUUGUAUGUUUUAAGAUGUUUGAUCAGUACUGAUAUCCCAUUGAAUAAUGGUUGUUUAAGGCCAAUUAAAUUCUCAACUAGAGAAGGAUCGGUAGUGAAUCCAUCAUAUGAUGCUGCAGUUGUGGGUGGAAAUGUUGAAACUACUCAAAGAAUUGUUGAUGUUAUGCUUAAAACCUUCCAAGCGGCAGCUGCCUCCCAAGGUACUUGUAAUAAUUUUACAUUUGGUAUCACUGAUAAGGAGAAUGGAAUUUCGUUUGGUUAUUAUGAAACUAUUUGUGGUGGCUCAGGAGCUGGGCCAACUUGGGAUGGUCAGUCAGUUGUACAAUGUCAUACUACUAAUACUAGAAUGACCGAUACUGAAUUAUUUGAGAAAAGAUAUCCUGUUUUACUUCGUGAAUAUUCAGUUAGGGAAGGAUCAGGAGGUAAUGGAUUACAUAGAGGUGGUAAUGGUGUAAUUAGAGAUAUCGAAUUCCUUUAUCCAAAUUUGGAAGUAUCUUGUCUUAUGGAAAGAAGAUCGUUAGCCCCAUUUGGGUUAUUGGGUGGACAGGAUGGAUCGAGAGGUAAAAAUAGUUGGUACAGAAAGGCAGAAGAUGGCGAAUACAGAAAGAAAUACCUUGGUGGGAAGUGUACUCUCAAAGUUGCAACGGGUGAUAGAAUUAUUAUCAUGACACCUGGAGGUGGUGGAUUUGGUUCUCCAAACAAAGAAGCUGUAAGCGAGGAGAUUAACUAUCCAAUCCGAAGUGAAAAGCCAACAGUAGUUACUGGAUCUGUUGGUUUGAGAACAAGAACCCAAGAAACCAACUAA